AUGGCAGCCAACAAAACCCGUCCUCCCCUGUUUCUCAUCCUCCUCUUGCUGGUCGGAUCGUUGAAUUCGACCCCAUCUUCGGCGACCGGCGGCGAGGGAAUGCUGAGCUCCGUCGCUUCCGAGGAUUGGCCGAUCGCGAUGUCCGUCUACGGCGGCGGCGACUUGGAUUCGGAGGACGGAGCGUCGGCCGAUUGGGACGGAGAAGCAGAGGAGGAAGAAGGGAGCAGCGGUAGCAGCAACAGGAGGUCGCUGUUCUGGAGGAGAUGGCCGUACUACAUCUCGUACGGAGCUCUGUCGGCGAAUCGGAUCCCGUGCCCGGCGAGAUCUGGGAGGUCGUACUACACCCACAAUUGCUACAAGGCCCGCACCCCGGUCAACCCUUACUCCCGCGGCUGCUCCAGAAUCACCCGCUGCAGGGCGUAA